AAUUGCUGCAGCAGGCGUGAAGCUCCCAUCGACGUUUGAGCAUGAACUUGGCAAGUCAGGUGCAUGCACUGGUGAUCUUGCUCACCUGUUUGGUCUUACUAUGCAAGGCCCAGGAGAGGGACUACAUCGUGAAAGAGGAGCAGCCAGAGAACGUCCGCAUAGGGAAUCUGCGCAAGGACCUCGACCUCCAUCUUGACCCGAACAUCAGGCUAUCCUCGCCACUGCAGUUCAAGCCUGUGUAUAAAACAGGCGACGUGCCUUUGGUGAGGGUGGAGGCCAACACGGGGGAGAUUUUUACCACCAGUCACAGAAUUGACAGGGAGAAGCUGUGCUCAGGAGUCUUCAAUGAGAAACGCUGCUACUACGAGAUCGAGGUGGCCGUGCUGCCCGAUGAGAUCUUCAGAUUGGUUAAGAUCCGUUUCCUGAUCGAGGACGUAAAUGACAACGCCCCACUUUUUCAGUCUACUGUUAUAAACAUCUCCAUCCCUGAGAACACAGCCAUCAACACCCGAUACCCGGUGCCAUCGGCCUUUGACCCUGACGUGGGGAUAAAUGGGAUUCAACAUUAUGAGCUGGUCAAGAGUGUCAAUGAAUUUGGCUUAGACAUCAUUGAGACCCCUGAAGGUGACAAGUGGCCUCAACUGAUUGUUCAGCAGAACCUUGACCGGGAGCAAAAAGACACCUUUGUAAUGAAGAUCAAGGUGGAGGAUGGUGGCAGCCCACCCAAGUCUAGCACUGCUAUUCUCCAAGUUACCAUCUCAGAUGUCAAUGACAAUCGUCCAAUCUUCAAGGACAGUGAACUGGAGGUUUCUGUGCCAGAGAAUGCUCCAAUGGGGACGUCAGUUGCUCAGCUUCAUGCCACAGAUGCAGACUUGGGUUCUAAUGCACAAAUCCACUUUGCUUUCAGCAACCAGGUCUCCUUCUCAACCAAGCGUCAUUUUGCUAUCAACAGUUCCACUGGGCUGAUCACUGUGAAGCAACCGUUGGACAGGGAGGUGACUCCUGUACAUAAACUCAUAGUUCUAGCAAGUGAUGGCAGCUCCACCCCAUCCAGAGCUACAGUGAUUGUUAAUGUCACUGAUGUCAAUGACAAUGUGCCCUCCAUAGACACUCGCUACAUUAUCAACCUGGUAAACGGGACUGUACUGCUGUCUGAGAAUGCACCCCUCAAUACCAAAAUAGCCCUUAUUACUGUUACUGACAAGGAUGCAGAUCUGUAUGGAAAAGUGGCUUGCUACACCGACCAUGAUGUUCCUUUCCGGUUGAAGCCAGUCUUUAAUGAUCAGUUCUUAUUAGAGACAGCUGCUCCUCUUGAUUUUGAGACAACUCGAGAAUAUGCUAUUAAGAUAGUGGCCUCGGAUAGAGGGACACCUCCUUUGAACACUUCAGCUAUGGUUCUAAUUAAAAUCAAGGAUGAGAAUGACAAUGCACCCAUCUUUCCUCAGCCUGAAAUUCAGCUUUCCAUACCGGAGAACAAUGACCCUUCAACACAGCUAAUAAAAAUCAGUGCCACAGAUGCAGAUAGUGGGCAUAAUGCAGAGAUUAUUUAUACUCUUGGCCCUGAUGCACCUGAUGGGUUUAAUGUAGACAGGCAGUUAGGAAUUCUCUCUGUUGGGAAGCGACUAGACAGAGAGAAACAGGAGAGGUACUCAUUCACUGUCAUGGCAAGAGACAAUGGUUCAACCCCCCUACUGAGCAACGUCACCGUUAGGCUAAUUGUCCAGGACCUUAAUGACAACAGCCCAGCUUUCACACACCCUGAAUACAACUUCUAUGUGCCUGAGAACCUGCCUCUCUAUGGCACUGUUGGUUUAAUCACAGUGACUGAUGCAGAUGCAGGAGAUAAUGCUGUUAUAACUCUGUCUAUUUUGAAUGGGAAAGACAAUUUCAUCAUUGAUCCACAAACGGGUGUGAUUAAACCAAACAUCACUUUUGACAGGGAGCAGCAAAGCUCUUACACAUUUAUGGUCAAAGCAGUUGAUGGAGGGCAGCCGCCCAGCACUUCUUAUGCUAAGGUCACUAUUAAUGUAGUGGAUGUGAAUGACAAUCGCCCUGUGUUUGUCAUCCCUUCCUCCAAUUACUCAUAUGACCUAGUGCGGACCAUCACCACCCCUGGUUCUGUGGUCACCAGAGUGUUUGCCAUUGACAAUGACACAGGUAUGAAUGCUGAGCUGCAUUACAGUAUUAUCAGCAGCAUAAUCAUCACUUCUAGGGUCUCCCCUCGAGGUCUCUUUACCAUUGAUAAAACAACGGGUAACAUAACUCUGCAGGAGAAAAUAGUAUUAGCUGAUCAGGGACUGCAUAGGCUGGUAGUCAAGGUCAAAGAUUUAGGCCAGCCUGAGUCAUUACACGCUAUCACUCUUGUUCACUUGUUUGUCAAUGACACUGUGUCAAAUGCUACCUUUAUCCAAGAGCAGCUGCGGAAAAGUAUGGAAACACCGCUGGAUCGUAACAUAGGGGACAAUGAGGUAACACCUCAAGCGAAUGGAUAUGUAAUUGUUGUAAUAGCUAUCAUAGCAGGGACCAUGACUGUCAUCUUGGUGAUAUUUGUUACUGCCUUGGUACGAUGCCGGCAGACACCCAGACAUAAAGUAGUUCAGAAGGGCAAGCAGAGUGGGGAGUGGGUGUCACCCAAUCAAGAAAAUCGUCAGAUCAAAAAGAAGAAGAAAAGAAAGAAGCGAUCCCCUAAGAGCCUUCUUUUGAACUUUGUGACCAUAGAUGAAUCCAAGCCUGAAGACCCCACGCAUGAGCAUGUUAAUGGAACAUUGGAUCUCCCUGUGGAGCUGGAGGAGCAAACCAUGGGAAAGUACAAUUGGGCGACCACACCCACGACCUUCAAACCUGACAGCCCAGAUUUAGCCAAGCAUUACAAGUCUGCAUCACCUCAGCCUACAUUUCAAAUCAAACCAGAAACUCCUGUGGCCCCUAAGAAACACCACGUGAUCCAGGAGCUCCCUUUGGACAACACAUUUGUGGUGGGCUGUGACUCACUUUCCAAGUGUUCAUCGACUAGCUCCGACCAGUACAGUGUCUCAGGGUGCGGCUGUCAGGGGGGAUUCAAGACUGCAGGGCAAAUCACCACCCGGCAGAACCUGAGCCAAACACCCGAGAAGGCUUUUAACUCACCACCACCUAUUUGUCCUCAUAAGGAAGCAUGUCAACUUGGCAAGAUAACCUCUGUGAAUACUCAGCGCCGCGUGACCUUCCAUCUUCCAGAUGGUUCUCAGGAGAGUUGUAGUGACAGCGGGCUGGGGGACCCGGAGCCCAGCAGCGUUGCCAGUACCACCCAGCCUCUCCCCCUCAGCUUCCCCCAGGAGGAGUACUACGAACAAACAUCACCAAACAGCCGCACAGAGGGAGACGGGAACUCAGACCCAGAAUGUACUAUCGAGGUGAACCUGCAAAAAGCCCUGGCUGAAGCCUCUGAGACCUGCACCCAGGAGUGUCUUAUACUGGGCCACUCUGACAGCUGCUGGAUGCCCCCGAGCUUGGCCCAGUUCCAGAGUCCUGGCAGCAACAGCCCCGCCUCCACUCCCACUGCCACCACCAUCACCACUACGCUCCCCUCCUUUGGCUUCCAGCAGAGCUGCUCGCAGGGAGUUAAAGCCAACAUGGGGGUCAUGGAUGGCCGCCACACGCUGGGUAGGUCCGUGCCCAAAAAAGACGAACUGGACAAAGGCUUCAACCGGCCACAGUUCUACAACACCCUGGAUAGACACUGCAGCAAUAAGAAGGAGGACCCGGUCAAGGUCAUCCCUCUGGCAAGCUUCUCCUCGCCCGGGCAGCACACACCCACCGGUGGUGGCAGCAGCGCUUUCUUACACGAGCACCAGUUGUAAUUCUAAAAGACAGCUUGUCACUGGCCUGACAUACAGUAGAUAUAACGCUCCACCCAGAGAUGGCUCAUGACUUCAUGAUUGGUAUACAUGUGGGAAUAUGCAUCACUUAAACAACUUUUUAUCAGCUAUUUUAAUAGCUCAAGCUCUGUUUUACCAAUGAAGACACAUUGGAAUGAAUGAGACCGGGACAAUGUUAUUAGACAAAAUCAGAUGGAAUCAGAGGGA